AUUCAGGAAAAAUUCGUCAUAUGACGAUUUCCUUUACCCAGAAUCCAUCUCAAGAAAUUUACAGAAAAGAUGGCAGCGAGGGCACCAGUGUCAGCAACAGGCCGAUUAUUGUCUGGCUUUCGAAAGUGGUACUACAAUGCUGCAGGGUUCAACAAGCUUGGACUAAUGCGAGAUGACACUAUGUAUGAGGAUGAUGAUGUGAAAGAGGCUUUGAAGAGGCUCCCAGAGCCCGUGUACAAUGACAGAAUGUUCCGUAUCAAGAGAGCACUUGACUUGUCUAUGAAACAGCAGAUCCUGCCCAAAGAUCAGUGGACAAAAUACGAAGAGGAUGGAAACUACUUAACACCUUAUGUGAAGGAGGUGAUUUGUGAAAAGAAGGAGAAGGCAGAAUGGAAUAAGAAGUGAAGCAAGCCUGGAGGAUAAUUGACCUCCCCAUGAGGCUUGUGUUCUGUGUAUUCUCAUUUAAUGUAUUUAAAAUAAAAUGUAAAAAUCU